AUGUCUUGGGCCGGUAUUGAGAUCCAACAACUGCGGCCUGUUGAGACCGUCGGGGCAGGAGAACGCGACGGCCAAGACCAGGACGAUCGUGAAGCAUCGGGCACAGGAUCAGUUUAUUCUGCAGAGGAGGAGAUCGCUGAAGAUGCAGACGGCGUUGGGGUUAACGCAGUUGGCGAUAUGUCUGGCGAUCAGCAUCAGAAUGCCGGACAUGGUUAUGACAACCAAGGAAGGAUGAACGUUGGUGAUCAUCAAAGCACCAUGGCAGGUGGGAACGAGAAUUCUGGCGGCGUUCAGACAGACCAUCAAGGACGUGGAAACGGCGGCUCUUCACAGCAGCAGCAGCAGCAGCAGCAUCAGCAGCAAGCUCAAGUCCAAGAGCUUGACUUCCCACGACCCGUCAAACGCCGCCGUAUCGGCGAACCUCCCGAGGACCUCCCUCAGAUCGAGGCCACACCCGAACGUAUCUUCAAACCCAACCUGCCAGAACCUGACGACCAUGAGGUGACUGAGUGCUGGUUCGAACACUGCAACGCCCGCUCAGGCAACACCCGCGGCCACAACUACAUGCAAAAACAUUUCACUGACAAGCAUGCGCUCAUCCGUGCUGAUCAGGGACGUACCGAGAUCGGUGGCCGCUUCAAAUCGCCCAAGUACCUUGCUCUCUGCCCAACUGAUUGGCCCUUCAACUAUGUUUUGGGUCCCUCCUGCAAGUGGUGCACCACCAUCCAGGGUAUUCGGGCCAUCAUAGGCGAUCCGACUCAUGAAGGCCCAGCAAUUUGCACAUUCUGCUGGACAUUUCUUCCCACGAGGGCCGAUUUAAUACGACACGUCGACCAUGGGCCCUGCAAGAGCAACGAGAUGUACGAGCGCAAGCUAGCCAUGAUACGCGACUUGUACCUAGCCGCCAUCCGCAUGCCCGACGCUCCCGCAAUCGCCAGAGCAGCCGAGGGUGCUCGCGCCGAACGCGCAGCCGCCGAGCGCGUCGCGAGGUCAGAAGAAUGGCAGAUCGAGCGCGCAAUGCAGCAACGCGCCAUGGAGCACAUGCGUCUUUGGAAACAGCGCCAGCUCCAGCAGCAACAGCAACAACAGCAGCAGCAGCAGGAACAACUCGGCCAGGACGAUGUUGCCACCACAGCAGAGCAAGCUGCGCCUACCCCGCCGGCCCCUAUCCAUACGUCUUAUCAGGCAUCACAGCAGGCACCGGCGUCGGCAUUCUCCACGCAACGUUUCAUUUCUACAGAAGAUGCCGGAAGCGAAGGCACGCCGGGCCCGUCUUCGUAUGCGGCGCCAGCUGUGCCGGCGCCUACGAGGCAGUCUGCUUUAGCGGGGACAGCCGUCUCGUAUGCCCAGCCGGCUGCGGCGCCGGCUCUUGCUGGGCCUGGUGUCGCUGCGGGGGGGGAUGGGACGGGCAAUGGUUGGGCGACGGCUGCGAUUGAUGCGAUGGCGAGGUCGAUUGAUCGGUUGUCGAGUGUGGUGGCGGAGUUGACGGCUACGAAUACGCAGCUGACUAGGGAACUGAAGGAAAGGGAUGAGAGAAUUGCUGCUUUGGAGGGGAUGUUGGCGCAGGCAGGAGCUGGGUUAGGAGGGGGUGUUGGAAGGGGGAGGAGGGGUUAG